AUGAUCAACCUGCAGGUGCACCAGCUGCGCAGCCCCAGCGAGGCGGACCACUGCGCGUGCGGCAACCUGCUGCGCGAAAAGAGCCUAGAGUUUGUUCUCGUGAAAAAUAAAAACCUGAGCAUAUACAGCUACCAACGGAAAAGAAAAAAAAUCCUUCUGCUGUAUGAGACAAAGCUAAACGCACCAGUGGUGAAGCUCAUAAUAUUGAAGGACGUUUUUCUGCGCAAAAACAAGGAGCGCAUUAGUGGUGUCCUGCUGGUAUAUAAGGGGAUUCACUUUAUCCUUUACAGAUUUACAAGCCGAUUGAAUACCCUCGUCGUUGUGUUAAAACAUAGCUUUUUAAAAAAGGCAAAUUUCCAGCCGCUUUUUUACUCCUUGCCAAUUGCUGUUAACUACGUGCACAGAUAUGAUAAGGGGGGAGGCAGCGCCGCGGGCAGGACCAUCCGCAUCGGCGGGAGGAAGCCCGUCACGGGCCUCACCAGGAGAAGGAGAUUCAGACUGGCCGCCAAGCGGUUAAAGGGGGGGGUGCCAGCACUGCACCGAGGAAUACACCCUGCACUUCACCCUGCACUUCACUCUGCACUUCACCCUGCACUUCGCCCUGCACUUCACCCCGCACUUCACCAAGAAGGGGAACCCCCCGAGCAAGAAGUGCCCACGAAAAAGCGAAGGGGAAAAGGCCGAAGGAGGAGGGCCACUCCGGUUGGAGAGUCUAGGGAGCCCCCCCAAUCGGAGCUGAACUUACAAAGCGGUGCUGACGACGAUGUUUAUGUGGAUCUUUACGGCGAGAGGGGGGGAAGUGCCAAUCUGGACGAGUCCUUUUGGCUAGAUGGGCUCUCUCCAGAGGGAAUCACCACUGGGAGUGCCAAUCGGCAGCCCCCCCGAAACGCGGAGGACGGGCAGAGCAAAACGAAGAAGCGCAUUUCCAACUUCUGCGAAUUUGCUGUGGCCUUCACGAACGAUUUCAAAACGAUUUACAUCCUCUUUUACUCGUCGAGGAGGAGAAGCCAAAAGGGUCUGGACCCCACCUGUGCUGGCGAGCUCAGGACGACCCGAUUCGGGAAGGGCCUCCACCUGUUUAACGUCGUCAGAGUCAGCCUGCAGGACCUCUACAGGCACUUCAUUUUCAUCAAGAAGAUUUUUUUCCACGGCGGCAACAUCCACGUGCUGCUGCAGAACGAGCCGAUCAACGUGGGGCACGCCGCGCUGGAAGAACCGAGCCUGAAGCUCCUAAUUCUGCGGCAGGAGGACAACCAAUUUGACGCGAACAAGCUGACGAAGGGGGUGCCGAACGACACGAUAGACCUCCUGCGGGUGAAGGAGCUGCUGAUUUGUCUCGGCCAGGACUACCUAUACGUAGUGAAUUUGAAGAAAAACCAAAAGGAGAGUAGCAGCAACCUGUGGCACAGGAGGGGGAAGCUCUUUAUCCUUUCCCGGAGGUGCAUCAUCGAAGGGACCCUGUCCAGUGACCGCAACAACUUGGUGAAGCUCCUCAAGUGGAGGAAGGUCCACACGUUCAAAUACGAUUUAGCCAAGUCCUCCGUUUGCUGCUUUGGAGGCAGGGUCCACUUCCUGUGCUGCUACAAUGGGCUCUGCGGCAGGGCAGACGUGGACUUGCUCGUGAGGAGGGUAAAACCGAACGACAACUUCCUAAUGGACCUCCUGACCUACCUAAACAGAAACCCAUCAGUUAAUGAGCACACCAAGGGACUCAACCACAGCAAAUAUAACUUCUUAUUUCAAAAGCAUAAGAAAAAGGUGAGCAUUUUGGAGGGCAAUUUUUCCUUUAUAAAUGCCCAAGGGGGGGUCGAGUACGUGCCGCCUCUCUUCAUCCUCAGGAGAAGGAAGAAGCGGAGAGAAAAAGGAGGAGCCCCCCUCCGAAUAGGAAGUACAACCAACAGAAAGGCAAUAACCCGAGUGGCCAAAAUCCCAGCCAAGGGAAUGAUCACCGAUUUGAUUAAGUCCAAGGAGGAACCCAGCCUAGUCCACAACAGCAGCUACUUCGCCCUUAUAGGGUGUAAACAACAUAGCAGUGUAGAAAAAAUCUUUUUUAAAGUUCCUUUCAGCAUUUUGCUAAGCAUAUCCUUUGCAGGGGCGUCACUAAAGGGUGUGUGUGCCAGUGAAGGCGGAAGGAGGGGUCGACUCUCUCAAUAUGUUAUGAUUAACCUGGAAGGAGGGAAACCCCAGCAGGGUGCUGAAGGGGGAACCAAGAAUGGUUCCAAUGAUGGGAGAAGCUACGGCGAUGGAGGAGGCAGUGGACCCCUAAGGAGAAGCCUCCUCCUGUGCGUAGACGGAGUUAACACAUGGAGACAAAGGAAAGGGGCCCCCCCAAAAGGGACUCCUUUGAGUGAGAAGGGGGAAGGAUUAGUAGUCGAUCCCACAAGCAGCACGUCCCCCCAAUCGAAAGAAGGCAACCCGCUGCUGAAGGGAACUCUCCUCAGCAAUCGUCGCGGCAAAGUUAUCUACACCCUAAGGGGGGACGGAGCACCAGGGGAGCCAUCCGACCAGGUGGGGUUAUCCUCCCCGGUGGAGCUAUCUGCCCCUGUGGAGCUAUCCUCCCAGGUGGAGUUCCCCCCGACGGGUACCGCCAAGGUGGACGCCUUCCUCGCCUUUUUCAAAUUAUUCCCCUUUGUUCAUUUCAGCAGCGGGGAUGUGGAAAGGUACCUGGAGGGGAAGUUCAAGGGGGAUAGAGAAUCGGAGGGCGAACCGGAUAGCAAAUCGGAUAGCAAAUCGGAGGGCAAACCGGAGAGCAUAUCAAAUGGAGGGACUGCCGCCGAAAUGGAGUUAAAGCAAAAGUGCGCCCACUUCUUCCUGGUGGAGAGGAAAAAGAGCACCCACCUAAGGAUGGACGGAACUUGCGUAGCUUUGCUAAGGUUUAAGAGGUUACUCCUGCAGGUUUGCCGCAACCAAAUCAACGUGUGUCUAUACGCCAACACGUGCAUAUUGCUUCGGCACAUUUGUGUGGAGGACGCGGUGGUGGAGUGCAAGCUGGUGAGUAGGUUUUUAAUCCUUCGGCAUGAAAGCGGUAGCUGCUCGGUGUACUCCUUCCACGAGGAUGCAGUGGCAGAUCUGUUGCUGCGGGUGGAGGGAGUGACGUCGCUGCUUAACAUGUGCGUUUUGCGCUGUCUAGAUGUGGGCAAUCGGGAGGAGGAGAUUAACCUCCUCCGGUUUGCAGCCUUGGUGAGGGGGAGAGCACCUUCCCAAUGGAGUUACACCAUAGGGGCGGCGGAGGAGGAUACCGAGAGGGAGACUGUGACGGAGGCGGAGACGGAAGACCUGCUCUCCCUUUUUCAAACCAAAACGCCAGAUUCCUUUUGCGAAGUUAUUAACAGGAUGGGAGGCCAGUGUUUAGGGGAAAUCAUCUCCUUGCACACCCAGCUGAGCAACGUCCACUGCAUCUCCACCGUUCGGAGGGGGACCCAGAGCCUCCUCGCCUUCCUGUAUGACGCGAACUGUAGCCUCUGCAUUUUCCACCUGGAGAGGAGGCGCACCCUGUUUCGCAGCAACGCGCUGUUGGCGGUGCCCAAGUAUGUGUACAACGCGGGGGGGGAGAAGCGGGAGAAAGGAGCAAAGCGGGAGGAACGAGCGAAGCACACGAAGCGCAUGAACAUCGCUGCUGCUGAGGGAGAGGCGCCCCCAGGGGAACUGACCCUAGAGGCGCACAAACUCGAAGAGGUGAUAAACGUGCUGCUCUUCCCACUGGGCCCCAACUACAUCCUAACCGUUUUCCUAACGGGCAGACCCAUCCUGAUUUACAAAAGCAUUCGCCAAGUGAGAAGCAUCAGCAGAUUGAAAUUCCAGGUGGUCCCGCACAGGUACACGCAGCCGUUGCUCAGUAACGUGCACUAUGUAAAAUCCCCCAGUGGUGAAGACGUCCGAGUCGUCACCGUUUCGCGAGACAGGGCAGAGCCGAACAACGGUUUCGUCCUCUACGUCGAUGGAGGGAAGAUCGAUGGAAGGAAGAGGGGGGGGAGAACAAAAGAGGAGAAGGCAACACUUCAAAUGAAAAAGAAGAAAAAAAAACCAUCGAAGUGCAUAGUGGGUUAUCCCCAUGUGGACCUAUCCAGGGUGGACCUAAGUCACGUGAGUGGUAGUGAGGCAGAGCAGCUUUACCAGAAGGUCCGGGCCUACGACGCGGCCUUCCCUCCGCUACUCCUCUCCAAUUGUAGGGGGAAGCUGUUCAUUCACCGCUUCGAUGGGGGGGGCGAAGUGGCAGCGGAGGGGAGCGGCCCACCAGAGGGGAGCGGCCCACCAAAGGAGAGCGGCCCACCAGAGGAGAGCGGCCCACCAGAGGAGAGACAACCCAAGAGCAUCGUCCAAAUUGACCGCAAUGCAUUCCUCCGGGUUGAUGCAGCGGGCCUUCACAUCGUCAGCCUUGGGGAGGGAGGAAACGUGUGUGCGGGGGGGCCCCACCAGGUUGGCCGCAAUGAAAGAGAUGGCCGUAGUGACCCCCACCAGCAUCACCAGAGCGAAUGGCGGCUAAAUCGCGACGUCGCGCGAACGCUAGGUGAGGCCUCCCCCCCCCUGGAGGUGACUUGCCUCCACAGCAGCGUCGACGCGGUGCAAGUGCACAAGGAGCUGCUCCUUCUAAGGAGCCCCCCCCCGAACGAGCUCUGCUUCAACGACGACUUCGUUUCGAAGCUGCUUCUGUCCUACCCGUACGUUAGCAAAAUUGCUGUUUCGCAGUUUGAGUACGUGCUGAGGAGGGGCAAGGGGGGAGAAAAAAGAGGCGAAAAAAGAGGCAAAAAAAAAGGUGAAAAAAAAGGCGAAAAGGAGGGCCAAACAGGAGACAAACAAACGGGCUUGGUGGAGGGCGAAAAUGAGGACAAACAAACUGGCGAAGUGGAUUGGCCCCCCGCCCACGGAGCCACCCGCGGAAAGGUCAUCUGCGCCGUCGUGCGAGUCAAGUACGACGAGUACCACUGCCUGAAGAAGCUCCAAAAAAGGAGGCUAAAUCUGCAAAAGGACGAGCUCCGCAGCAACGUCGCCUAUGCGGGGGAGGAGGUGCAGUGCGUGCCCAACGUCCACCUGCAAGACAGCAUUAACAACCAGUACACGCACAAGCUGAACCGCUUCCUCCGCGGUGACGAUGAAGAGGUUGCCCGGAGGAACGACGAGGGGGACGCAACCAUAAGGAACGGCGAGGAGGUUGCCCGGAGGAACGACGAAGAGGUUGCCAGGCGGAACAGCAAACCCAUUUCCUCUGCGAAGACGCAUGCCAAGUUUAGCAAGCUGCUGCUCCUCCACGAGGGUAGCCAGAAGCGCGCCUACGGGUACUACACCUUUGAGCACAGUGAGGAGGUCCACUGCGUUUCGUUCGGGUGCCUGCAGGGGAGGGAGUACAUUUACGUGGGCACCAGCUUGAACAUUGGCGAGCGGGUCGAAACGCAGGGCAACAUCUACGUGUUUGAUUUGGGCGGCGUAUUCGCGCGCGCGGGGGGCGGCGAAAAAGGGGGAAACGUAGGAGUGGGCGUGGGCGGAAGCGUAAACGGAGGCGUAGACGUAAACGGAUUAGCGGAGCCGCCCCGCAGCGGGACGCGCCGAACGGGGAAGCUCCCCCUGUACAUGAAAAAAACGUACAACAGCUCCGUGACGCAGAUCCACCCCUUCUACGUGCACAGCGAGGGGUUCCCUUGCGGGGGGCUGGGCAGCGCCCUGCAAAGCCUCAUCCGGAGUGCUGGCGGAGAGGUAAAGUACUGCGGCAAGUACUGCGGAAAGUACAGCGGGAGGAGCCAGCCCGGGGAACUGCCCCCAGGAGAGGAGGAACAACCCCCCUAUGCCCAUGAGAGAAGCACCCCCUCAGGGAGAGCCAACCAGAAGAGUAGCCCAGUCGACCAGAACGUACACUGUAACAUCCUCCACUGCAUUAACUCAAAACUGUUCAUCCACGAGGUGCGCGAAAACGACUUCACCAAAGGAGCCUUCCUAGACAGUAACCUCUUCAUAAGUGACAUCAAGGUGAUGAAGAAUUUUCUAAUCGUAGCGGAUCUAUACAAAGGCAUAUUCAUUAAUAUGUUUAAUUAUGAGCAACAGCAUGACAGUAGAAGCAUCAUACCCAUAGCCAAACCUUUUUUUUGUGCCAAUUUGAACAUCCUCUGUUGCCACCACAUCGUUUUGGAUCACCUCAUUUGCAUCAUCGCCAUGGACCUUUUCAAUAAUUUUUUUAUUUUUUCAUUCCGCACUCCUCAAGCUGUAGAAACUUUGUACUUAUUUACCCUUUUCAAUUUUAACAGAAGAAUUCUUAAAUAUGUAGAUGCUGUGCAUCCCCAUCGGAGAUCCAAUUCUGCUGUGUCCAUUUCGAACGACGGCUCCGUACACCUGUUUCAUCCCCUUACCGGCAGAUCGUUUGACUUUUUCAGGGGGACUUACAACGUCGUCAGGGCGUCUCUCUUCCCCCACUUGGCCCUCAACGCACACGCGGAUUUGACCCCGGAUGUUUUCACCCAGGCCGCCAGACUCAACCUCCACAGGCGGACCGACUCCUUCUCCAUCAAACACGUCCUCUUCGACGAUAUGCUACGGCAACUCCCCUUUUACUCCGCCGAGGUCCUCCACGAGUUAUUCUUCAAGCGGGCCAACCUCCUGGAGCACAUAACGAUGGGGGAACUCCUAAUCGAGCUGAGUUCCUUGAACGAGCGGUAG